ACCGCCAUGUUUGAUUGUGCACAGACUGCGAACGGACGUGCUUUCAUGACGUUGCGGACGAGCACACACUCGUGAGAUGAGGUUCAGUGUUGUCGCUAAUGGUGUUGAGAGAGGAUGCUCGCUGAGUGGAGUGAUGUGAAGUGAAAAAAAUGGCGGACAACGCGGCCAGGGCCUCUUUUCGCAGGCCCCAAAACGAACCGCCGUCCGGCAAGAUGAGCGACGCCAAGGUGCUGCCAAUGUCGCCGCCCGAGACCAGGUCAACUGUGCAUAAGGCCCCAGAAAGGCGGGUACCUGAAGUUACUUCGCCAAGCAGGUCGCUCUACCACCAUCAGCACCGCUCACAGUAUCAGCGAGGACCGCGGAGUUUGCGUUUAAAAAGAGGAAACGAUGGAUUCGGAUUCACACUGCGACAUUUCAUUGUUUAUCCACCCGAUUCUUACACGGUGUUGGCGGGUGAGCAGCGGCUUGGAAUCCAGCAGACUCACAGUCGGCCAGAUGAUCCUAUGGACACAAUUUUCGUGAAGCACGUUCGCGACCAGAGUUCUGCACAUAUAGCGGGAUUAAGAACUGGUGAUCGCAUCGUCUGUGUGAAUGGCAAAGUCGGUCUGAACUACGCCCAAGUUGUGCAACUCGUACAGCAAAGCGAGACAUAUCUUCAUCUCCUAGUGGUGCCCAAGGAGGAUGAUCUUUUGCAGCUGUACUUUGGUGAGACCGCCCACAACCCGUACACCAACCAACGACCGUGGGAGUCCCAGCAAUCGUACUCUCUGCCCAUUGAGGGCAUGAAAGCGCACUCAAACUCGAGUCUACGUCUUCAGCAGCACCCCAGUUUGUCCCCAUCCCCGAUGCUGACCUACUCGAACACGGCAGGCCACCCUGAGGCCCUAACCGGCCGCAUUGUGGACACGCGCUCCCUCACCAGGCAGGGCAGUAGCCGCCGCUUGAGCGAGGGCAGCGUGACUAGCGGCCGCCCGCUCAACGGCCACCAAGCGGCCAGUCUCGUGAGCAGCGCCGAGAGCGUCCGCAGUGCCGUCGCAGCCGCCGCCUCGCGUCGAAUCAAUGAAGACCGGAGACGUGAGUCUUCAGGCUCGCUGACGUCCGACUCGCCGCGGCUGUCCGUCUCGUCGGACGUCGAGGCCGACCCGUCUGUGAUACAUAGGAUUAAGAAGAGUUUUGAGCAGAAAGAGGAGUUCCUAAAGAGACCAAAUCAGCCCAUUUGCCUGCCAAACGCGCAGGUGCGCGAGUUCUAUGCGGUGCCCAGUAAGUUUGAGAAACCCCAGUGGCCGCCCCAACAAGCAAAUGGGGAGAGGCAACCAGAGGAGACGCCCACCUCGCCAUCCAUCUCAGCGACGGCCUCUGCCAGGGCGCAGUUUAUGUACGGAGGACCAGUGACUAACUUCUCAGCCACCUCUUCCCCAAUCAAGCAGCAGAACACCAGUCCGAGAACCUUCGUCACCACUCUGUCCAAGAUCACGGAGAACUUGGCCAUCUCGUCACUGUCUUCAAGUGAACCAGUGUCCCCUAUUGCCAAAACGGACUCUGGCAGUGGAUUGAUCUCACCGCUGUCCCAAAUGGUGUCUAAAAGGGCCAGGCAGUUCGAGAGUGGACAGGUUGAAGAGGAUAAAACGGUGCUGUACCGCAGCGAAUUGGCCAGGUUGACUGCCAAGAAGGUAGUGCCCGACGUCGCCCACAGAAAGCAGGAGUUUGAGAGCCUCAGCAAGGAGAGCAAAUCUUUAGACACAGCUCCGCGUUCUCCACCUCCGAGAAUAGUGCCCGUGGUGUCGGUAAGCCCCCCACCCCUACCGACGCCCCCCGCCUCCCCGACGCCCUCGCCGUCCCCUACAACCACCCCGACCGAAACCAAAAAGCCGACAAUCCGAACGAGAGACCUCCCAAUUUUUGGUUCCCUCUCUGGGAACCGUUUGAUCCCUGUUGGUGGUAGAUAUAUACCCUGUGACGAUAUUCCUGGCUGGCUUGAAGAUGAUGAAUCUGGUGGUGAUGAUGACAUUAAAGAAUCCAACACAUCAGCAGAAGUGCAUCCAAUGCCCCGUUCGCGAUCCAACUCGAUUGAGUCGUGGCCGCGGGCGCCAACCUCGUGGGACACCCGUCGCUCUUCAACUCCCACUCUGAGCGAAUCGAACGUUGAGGUAACUGCUAGACCCGCUCGUCCCUCUCACUUAAACCUGCAGAACCCUGUGCGCCCUCCCUCACCCCCGCCGGCGUGCACCGCCGAGGACGGGGUGGCAACCGCCACGGGUGCCGCCGAGCCUCGAGAGUCGGCACACACUGCGACUGAAGGUCGGAACAACAAUGAGGCAACACCUGCCGUCGUGGGUGGAGUGCAGAUGAGGAAGCCGCGCCAACACUCGCUCGAAGUGGAGGCAGAGCGUGCAGUCCGCCGUGAGUCGUACCUCAAGGCGACAUGGAGCGAGCGCAUGGACAGCAGUGAUGUCAGCGACAACGACACUGCCGUGAAGCCCGCCGAAUCGCCGGCUGGAAGUCCAAGCGACGAGAAAAGCAUCGCAAAGAUCCAAGAUUUAUUCGGCAAGCAGGCGGACAAAAUCUUGCGCGAAGGGUGGCUACACUGCAAGGUGUCCUUACAAGAAGGCAAGCGGGCGACCGACAGAUCUUGGAAGCAAGUGUGGGCCGUGCUGCGGACGAACGCCUUGCACCUGCGAAAGGAGCGUAGGGAUAACACGAAUCAAGGUGCCUCCUCAGAAGAACAUGUGGUGCCUCUCCAAGGGUGCACAGUGGACGCUGCAGCGGACUACACGAAGAGGAAGAAUGUCCUGCGAGUGGACACAUCUUCAGGCUCUCAACUUUUGUUCCAGGCUGAGGACCCGCAGGACAUGGCUAAAUGGCUGCAUCUCCUUCGACCUCAGUCACUUGAGAGUUUCAAGGAUGACUCGAGCAGUGAAACGCCACCCACCUCGCCGCCGUACAACACGGGCAAUAACAGCCCUCCGCAAGGUCCCAGAGUCUCUCCAGUAGCGGCCCACAAGGGAAUAAGGAAGCUGACUACUUCAUUCAGAAACCGGUCGCCAACUGGACAGUCACCAGUCAACAAGACAAGGAAGCCUUGUCAGAAUGAGCCUCUAGCCUCUCCCAAAACAAAAACGUGGAAAGGAAGGGUUGCGAAGCAGUUAAGGAAAAUGCAAGGCAACUCACCCAACUCGCCUACCACCCCGCACCCUGAAGGCUGUACAAUUGGUAUCCCGCUAGAAUUUUGUCCUCAGUCGAAUUUCUCCGAAUUUGUGCCUUGGUUGGUGGUGCAGUGCACUAGAAUCGUUGAGGAAAGGGGAUUGGAAGUCAUCGGCAUUUACAGAGUACCUGGAAACACAGCAGCAGUCACCUCGCUAACUGAUGCGGCAAAUAGAGGAUCGGAUGCGAACAAUUUACAGGAUCCACGAUGGAACGACGUAAAUGUCAUAUCCAGUCUUCUCAAGUCUUUCUUUCGAAAGCUGCCAGACUCGCUGUUUACUUCAGAGUUGUAUCCUAGUUUUGUAUUAGCAGACAAAUUUGAUGAUGUUAGAAAGAGGUUUAGAGAAAUAAGGAGAUUGGUGCAUGAGCUUCCUGAUCACAAUUACGAAACUCUGCGCUUCUUAAUGGCGCACUUGACCAAAGUGGUUGAGCACAGCAACACAAACAAGAUGGAGGCGAAGAAUUUGGCCAUUGUAUUUGGACCCACUCUUCUGCGAGCUUCAGACGAUAACAUGGUGGCGAUGGUCACGGAUAUGCCUCAUCAGUGCAGAAUUGUAGAGAGUCUUAUAUCACACGCGGACUGGUUCUUUUCUGAUGAAGAUGAUCCAGACGAUCCAGUUUCCAUUAGUAUCCCUUCAAGUCUACCUGAAUCGGACAGCGCAGCUGACGCAGCUAACCACGCUUUGCUUUUGAACAACAUCCACAAAGUUGAAGGCUUGAAAGCUGAAUCUCCUAGUAAAGAACUGAGUGCCAAAGAAAUUGUUUCCUCCAUAAUUUCUGCAGCCAACAAAAAGAUGCAGAAAGCCAAGAGCAAGCGGGGGAUGCGCCUAAAUUCGGAAGACAGCACCGACGUUCGCGAUGCUGACGAUAAGACAGCUGAUAAGGGCAGCAAGUCGGAGGGUGAGCCUUCGGAAACACCCAGCAUUGCUGCGUCCAUCCUGAGUUCAGUGCUUUUCUCUGGCAACAUUGUCAAGAGCAUCCACACUGCCAACCCAGAGCAAGUCUCCCAGCAAGAGCACGCACACCAGCCCCCUCCAGAGCCCCAAACACCAGUCACCCCUAAGCUGAUGGAUGGCUGUCUCAUCCAUACAUAUACUGGCCUGAGUGCUAACACGCAAGAAAGGGUACGCCGCUUCGAGCAGGAAACCAAGGCUGCGCUAAGUAGAGACUACAGCAAGCAUUUCCUUGAGGACAGAAGAGGUUCACUUACUGGAGAGACUGAUGAUUUCUGUGCCAGUCCAAUUGAAAUCAGGAAGAAACAGCCUGACUCAAAUCGCGACGCAAGCUCUUCGAACAGACACAGUUUGCCCCUGAGUGCCAAGCCCCCCUCUGGAUCUCCGAGAAUGUCGGCCGCUGGCUCGCAACAGCAAGACAGCAGGACCGCUUUGGCUGUGCUGAACACGCUGCGGAAUAUCAGGAGAGGAAACUCCGUAGAGAAUCUCUCGGCUUCCUCUCUGCAUGAUAAAGCUAGUGUAGACUCUCAGAAGAGCAAUGGAUCUUUGAAAAGGCUUAAGACUGAAAACGAAAUGGCGCUCACCGCUCCAUCUCCGUUUGUGAUGCGCUGUGGGUCGCUCGAUUCUUUGCACGAGAGCUGCAGCGUUGAUGGUGGCAAACCUUUCGAGUCAAAUGCCAACCGACCUUUCAGUGAAACCUCCGACGAUGGGCACGAUCUGCUGGAGAGUCUUACUUCCACCUUUGACAAGAAGAUGAAAGACCUAAUGAGCCACCCAGAUAAGCAGGCAGAUGAGUCUCCAGCAGAGAGUUCUCCUGCAGAUGAAAGCAAGUCGGAGGAAAAGCAGACCAGCAACGCCGCAAUUGAAUUUAGACCCUACAGAGACCCCAGCCUUCACAGAAGCAAGACAAAAUCGCAAGAUUUGAACACCGGUUCUCCCCAGGAUUCUCCGAACAAAUCCUGCAAGUCUCGCGAGAAGGAGAACCGCAGUCGCAAACGCGACUCUGGUUCGGGCCUAAGCAAGCUAGAGAAGGAGGUGCGCAACAACUGCCAGGUACUGGCGCCAUCAAACGCCUUCCUAGCGCGCAUGAAGCGCAAGAGCGGCGCCUAUACGCACCGCGGCAUCAAGCGGCGGCACACGGUGGGUGGCACCAAGGACCUGGCCAAGAUCGGCUGGCCCGCCGACGAGGGAAUUUCGGCCGCCGGACCAGUUCUGACGGAGGCGCAGCAACAGGCGGCCCUCAGAAGCUGGCUGCAACGGGGCCGCCUCCGCAGCAGCUCGCCCGAGCUCAGUCCGCGCACUGCGGCUGUCGUGCUGCUGCUGGCUGCCGAACUGGCCGCCCUCAAGAAGCAUAGCAAGAAGUCGAGCCCAGACAUUCUGGCCGGACUCACCAUUCCUCUUGAGUCGCACGUCUGAUCCUCCUGCUCUUUUUUUUCUUUUUUUUUGCCCGGAGUCGUGAACUAUAACGUAAUAUAGUAUUUAUCUCAUGAUGGGUCUGAAAGAACUAUACAUGGCAAUUGAAGAAGCAUUUUAAAUGAAGUGAGGUAUCAAGUAGUACACAAGUAGAGUUCGAAAGAACGAUUUACUCGCGGAACUGGUGCCCAAGUGGAACAAAUUAGUAGUGUCUCCCCACGUAUAUUUAUAGAAAUAUGUCUCUUUUGUUCGCGAAGAUUCUUGUGUAACCCUGGUGGUAUAUAAGAUUGAACUUUUUAUUUGUUUUAUCGUGUAGAAAUUUGUAAAUAAACUUGUAGGUGUUAUGAGCUGAA